UAAAGCAAGCGAAGAUAAGGAAGUUGUGUUUACUUCACUCCUGGGCAUAGGAGAGUCAAGGAGCUCAGUUGUGAAGGCAGGAAAGUGAAACUUUGGAAGAUGGGAAGGCUGGCUGGGACUUGGUUUCUGGUGCUUCUCACCACAGGCGGUGUGACAGCCGUCCUGGAUCUGCAAGGCCUCCAGGUGGUCAACGGCACUUGGAGAGCUGCCAUCACUUUGCCGUGUGUGUACGAACCGUCUGCCGACUUCAAGGAGCUCAGGGUCAUUUGGAAGGCCUCUUGGGAUGCCCUGAAGACCAUCUUCCACCGCGAUGCUAACUCUGGGGAUCAGGUUCUCUUGACGACUUUCAAAGGCAGACUCAGCGUUGCUAAAGGGCUCCCGGGCAGCGUCUCGCUCCUCAUCCAUCAGCUCGAGAUGACAGACACUGCGCAAUACACCUGUGAAGUUUCCUGGGAGGCCAGAAACAAAAGCUUGAUAAAGAGGGAGAGGAUGACCACCCUCAAGGUGAUAAAAGUUCCAGCGAGCAAGCCCAUCAUCACGCUCAGCCGCAACGCGUCCGUCCUGCCUGUUGGGAGCAGGACCAGCCUGACGUGCUCGGCCAGCGGCUCCCCGACCAUCACGUACAAGUGGUUCAAGGAGGGGCCAGGAAGCAUUGACAAGCUCUUGGGCAGGACUGCAGUGCUCACCCUUGACCGGCUGCAGGCCUCCGACUCGGGGAGCUACUACUGCACAGCGGAAAACAGAGUCAGUUCACAAAGGCGGCGGAGCGACGCCGUCCGGCUGACGGUGCAAGAGUCAGAGGCACCCACUCUGCGGCCAGACACCAAGGAGCCCACGCCAACAGGGGCAGAAACAACAACGGCCCACUGGAAGCACAGAGUGGGCACAGUGGCCGGCCCCGUCGACCCAAGAAGGGCUGCCGGCACGCAGACAGAUCCUGUUGCAACUUCUCGAGCGAGCAGAGGUGAUGGGACAGCUGCGGGAAGCUUUGGUCUUCGGAAAGCCAGUCUGCCGCUGUACCUCAUCGUCUUGAUCGCAGUGCUCUGUGCUGCCCUCCUCAUCGCUGUGGGGUUGGUUAUCCUUUGCAGAAGGAAACCCAAGUCCGAAAACCGCUGUGAAGUCACCUACACCAAUUAUGCCAUGACAAGCGGAGACACCAUCCCAGUCAGCCUGGGAAUUGUUCCUGUGUGCGGAGUUGAAUAUGAGGAUCCCACUCAAAUGUUUGGCAACAAUUACACCAUGGAACCUACGAAGGGCGGUGUGUAUGUGACCAUGGGUACAAACGCCAUCAACGACUAUGAUAUCCUUCCGAACAAGAUGGAGUCUGAGUAUGAAAUAGGAGACUGAGCCGGCCCCAUCGGGAGCCUGGCAAGCGUGGGACUGCAGCGGCUGAAUCUGCAGGGCCUUUGUGGAGGGGGCGGUUUGCUCUGUCGCUGCCCCUUCUGCAGCACACCUGUAUGCUUGCUUUGCGUCCUGUGUAGCCCUCUGCCUGGGCAGGGGCCCAGCUUUUUGUACAUUGCCCAAUGUCCAGCCCCAGCGAUAUCUGCAGUGAGCAGGAUCCAGCAGCAGGUAAGGAGGAGGCCUCUGGCUGCCCUUGGGAGCAGAAGAUGCUGAAGCAGGUGGGCAAAAUGCCUGAGGGAUGCAUGCAAACUCCUCACGGAACAGUUUCCACCAGGUGGCCUAGAAAUGUACAGCAGAGCCCUCUUCGUCCUGCCUUGAGGGCCUGUUGGACUCAGAUCCAGCAGGCGAGUGCAUUUGCAGGGGGAAAGAUUUCUGUGCACAUACCUCUAGCUUGAGGGCACAUUUCCUGUGCCAGGAAAUUUGUGCUCUGUACACAAUUCUCCAGCCUGACCCAGCAGUCACAGCAAAGCAUGCUCAAUGCCUGUCCAGUCCUUGCCACAGGUCUACUUUUGGUUUUGUCUGUCAGCUGGACUGCAUCUUUGGUACGCUCCCUUCCUUACUGAACAGCUGGCAGGUGCUCUUGGGAACAUCUGCCCAAGCUUAUGCACCUGUAGCCACAACUGCGCCCCUCCUGUGCCACUGUUUGGAGCUUACAACCAGACAGCUAUGAAGAGCAUCAGGUUUCCCAGUCACAGAAUCAUAGAACUGCAGAGUUGGAAGGGGCCAUGAGGGCCAUCAAGUCCAACCCCCUGCUGCUGCAGGACACCAAGCUGCACCAUCCCACUCAGAGGGCUGGCCAGUUUCUUUCUGAAUGUCUCCAGUGUGGGAGAGCCAAAGUGUUCCUUUGCAAGUUGUCCAGUGGACCUAGAAAGGUGGAAAGGGGUGACCUGUUUAAGUGAAGGAAAUGGCCAUACCUGGGGAGGUUAAAAAUAAUAAUUUACUCUGUUUGUACUUGUCAUGAGAAGGGAACACAUGCCUUGAUAUGAAACUUCUCCAUAUUUGUGAGCCACCCCAAGGCUUCGGCGAAUGGGGCAGAAUAGAAAUUUGCUAAAUAAGUAAGUAAGUAAGUAAGUAAGUAAGUAAGUAAGUAAGUAAGUAAGUAAGUAAGUCCAUGCAUUGGCUUCUGACGUCUCCUUAGAUGUUGCCCAUGUACCUUCAAGCCUGCCAUCAUAGUGUUAAGGACUGGAAACUUGAAUUCUUCUUCCACUAUUAAAGGACCGUGCUUGUGUGGUGU